CUCAUUCGCUGUCCUGGCAGCACAGCGUAGAAAGUCAAAGGCGUCGCGGCUCAAUCUCUUUGACAAGAAAAAUCGAAUAUGUCCCUUAAGGGCCGCCGUACGGCUGUAGGAAGACUAAUGGGCGGAGUUGUGCUUCCGGGGCUUCCUUAGGUCGCAAGCAGCCAUGGCGGAAUAUUCUUGUGUUAAAAGAACCAAGCUGGUUCUUAAGGGAACGAAAUCAAAAAGUAAGAAGAAAAACAAAGAUAAAAAAGGGAAAAGAGAAGAAAAUGAUGCGGAUCAGCUUGAUGUUGUUGAAGGGUGGUGGACUGUAACAAAUUUUGGCGAAAUCACAGGAACUGUAGCGAUAGAGAUGGGUCCUGGAACCUACAUCAGUGCUCUUGACAAUGGCCUUUUUACACUUGGAGCACCUCAUAAAGAUGAAGGUCCUAACCCACCUGAACAAUUUACUGCUGUCAAGCUGUCAGAUUCAAGAAUUGCAUUGAAAUCGGGCUACGGUAAAUACCUCGGCAUUAAUUCAGAUGGGCUGGUUGUUGGACGUUCUGAUGCAAUAGGUUCAAGGGAGCAGUGGGAGCCAGUGUUUCAAGAGGGACAAAUGGCUCUGUUAGCAGCAAACAGCAGCUUUAUCAGCUGUAAUGAAGAAGGUGAUAUAGUAGCCAAAAGUAAAACUGCAGGUAACGAGGAAAUGAUUAAGAUCAGAACUUGUGCUGAAAGAGAAGCCAAGCAAAAAGAUGACAUUCCGGAGGAAGACAAAGGAAAUGUUAAGCAAUGUGAAAUCAACUACGUGAAGAAGUUUCAGAGUUUUCAAGACCGUAAGCUCAAAGUAAGCCAAGAAGACAGUAAAGCUUUGAAAAAAGCUAGGAAAGAAGGCACUUUUCAUGAGGCCUUGUUGGACAGGAGAUCAAAAUUGAAAGCUGACAGAUACUGCAAAUAGUCAAAACAGAACCUGGCCUUUCCUAUCAUUUCGCUUUCUUUAUCAGUACCUCUUCAAUGUGUGAAUUCUUUUGAAUAAAACUGUUUAGCAAGUAGAUUUUAAUUACACUAAGAUUUUGUUUCUUCUUUUGGAAAUAAAGUGUUGAUGUUCAAACA